AUGCCGACGACGGAAUAUGCCGACGACGUCCUUGACGACUUUGAGUACGAGGGGCUGCGCCGCAAAGUCCAGAUCAGCGAGUCCACUUCCCGCAAGGUACUCAGCUAUGUCACACGCCACAGUCCGCUGCUCUUCCGUUUUGCCAUGAGCAGGAAGCUCAAGACUGUCCUCAAUAAGAUCAAAGAGCUGGUUGUGGAGAUGAACACGUUUGGCCUUGAGGAUUAUGUGAGUCGGGAGGAGCUCCAACGUCCUUGGCGGCAGACGCACUCCAAACUGGAUGAGUCUGCCGAGAUCUUUGGAAGAGGUGAUGACAAGGAGGGAUUGGUGAAGUUGCUGCUAGACCCGCAAGAUCAGAGGAAGGUGCAGGUGCUUCCCAUCUUCGGUAUGGGAGGUCUUGGCAAGACGACACUUGCUAAGAUGGUGUACAAUGACCAAGAUGUCCAGCAACAUUUUGAGUUGAAGAUGUGGCACUGUGUGUCAGAGAAUUUUGAUGUUAUUGCUAUUGUGAAAUCCAUCAUUGAAUUGGCUACAAAUGAGAGGUGCAACCUGCCUGACAACAUCGAAUUAUUACAGAAGAAACUUGACGAAGUCAUUGGCCAGAAGAGGUUUUUUCUGGUUCUCGAUGAUGUAUGGAAUGAAGAGAAGAAGUUGUGGGAGGAUGAACUGAAGCCACUAUUGUGCUGUGCUGGUGGACCAGGAAGUGUCAUAGUGGUCACAUGUCGAAGCAAGCAAGUGGCCUCUAUAAUGUCCACUGUUAAGCCCCAUGAGCUAGCAUUUUUGAGUGAAGAAGAUUCAUGGAAACUAUUCUCGAACAACGCAUUCAGCAAUGGUGUAGAGGAGCAAACAGAGUUAGUCACCAUCGGAAGACGUAUUACACUGGGUGGUUUGCUGAGUUCAAAGCAACAAGUACAUGAAUGGAGGGCAAUUGAAGAAAGUAACAUUGGGGAUAAUGAUGUCAAGCCCAUACUAAUGUUAAGCUACAAACACCUAUCAUAUGAAAUGAAGCAAUGCUUUGCAUUCUGUGCACUUUUCCCCAAGGAUUAUGAGAUGCAGAAGGAUAUGUUGAUGCAACUAUGGAUGGCAAAUGGCUUUAUUCAAGAAGAGGGAACACUGGAUUUAACACAAAAAGCAGAAUUCAUUUUUCAUGAAUUGCUUUGUAGGUCCUUCCUGCAAGAAAUGAAAGUCAAAUGUGGUAUAUAUUAUGGUGGCAGAGAAUAUGAGACAAUACAUUGUAAAAUGCAUGACUUGAUGCAUGACUUGGCCAGAGAUAUCACCAAUGAAUGUGUCACCAUAGAAGAAUUGAUGGAACAUAAAGCAUUGGUAAAAAAUGCCCGUCACCUGCAAUUGUCGAAGGUUAAACUGGAAAAGAAAUGUGAGGUGUUUGAUGAAAAAACAUCUCUCCGCACUUUGUUAGAUACUUCAAGGACACACAAGGAUUCGAAAUGGCUGCCACAUGUAUCAUUACGAGCAUUGCAGAGUGUUUGCAGUAGUUUCAAGGCCGAAAAUGCAAACCAUUUACGGUAUCUUGACCUCUCCAGUUGUAGCGUCGAUGCUAAAUUGCUGCAUUCAAUAUGUCUAUUGUAUAACCUGCAAACAUUGAGGCUCAAUGAUUGCUCUGAGUUACAACAGUUACCAGAAGACAUGAUGAUAAGCCUGGGAAAGCUCAUACAUCUUUAUCUUUUUGGAUGUGAUAAGUUGGAGGGGAUGCCUCGAAACAUUGGUCAGCUGAACAACCUUCACACACUAACAACAUUUAUUGUGGAUACUAGAGAUGGUUGUGGUAUUGAGGAGCUCAAAGACUUGCGACACCUUAGCAAUAGGCUGGAACUGUACAACUUGAGAAAAAUAAAGAGUGCAAAGCAUGCAAAAGAAGCCAAUCUCCAUCAGAAGCAAAAUCUUAGUGAGUUGUUGUUCUCUUGGUGCCUUAGAAGGUAUGACAAUCCUGUAAAUGAAGCAUGCAACGCGGAGGAAGUGCUCCAGUCUCUAGAACCUCAUAGCAAGAUGCAAAUGUUGGAGUUAUAUGGAUAUGAUGGCCUAGAAAUACCACGAUGGAUGAGAGACCCACAUAUGUUUCAUUGCUUAAGAAAACUCAUAAUUUUCAAAUGGACAAGGUGUAAGAAUAUACCUGCAGUAUGGUUGUCACCGUUGCUGGAGUACUUAUCCUUAGUCGGAAUGUAUAAACUGAAGACAUUAUGUGAUAACCUUUGCAUAGAAGACGGAGGACGCAGUACCCCUCUACGGAUUUUUCCAAAGUUGAAGGAGAUAGUCUUGGGAAAUCUACAUAGUCUAGAGGGAUGGGCAGAGAACAGCGCGGGAGUGUCUAUUGAUAGCUUAGGUACAUUCCCGGUGCUUGAGGAGGUAGAUAUCCUUAGGUGCCCUAAGCUUCCAAGUAUUCCACUGAGCCCCGUUCUCAAAGUCCUGAACAUAUCGGGUUAUUACCUGGAGGUGGAGUUGCAGGAUAUUCCAAGGUUGCCUACAUCCCUUGAAAUUUUGCGGAUUCAAUGCUUUGGAGGUUUGGUGGCACUGCCUUCAAACCUUGGAGAUCUGGCAAAGCUGAGCUACCUAAUGGUGAAUAGCUGCAGCAGCCUGAAAGGGUUGCCUGAUGGAAUGGAUGGCCUCACUUCUCUUCAGAAAUUGGCAAUCACUCAUUGUCCAGCGAUAGAGGAAUUCCCGAAUGGUCUCCUUCAGCGGUUGCCAACCCUUGACCGCCUAACCAUAGCGGGCUGCCCCGAGUUGCAAAGACGAUGCAGAGAAGGUGGGGAGUAUUUCAACCACUUGGUCCAUAUCCCAUAUAAAUACAUUGAAGCAGAAUCAGAAUUUGGAGCAGAAGCAGAAUCAGAAUACAUUGAACCAGAAGCAGAAUCCAGUGGAAAGAAGUUUCUAAGAAGGCUCCUCCCCUCCUGUGUUAACUCGAAGUCUGACUGUGAGUCUGACAAUAACUGAGGAUAACCAGAAGUAUGGUUCCAGCAGCGACCGCUGGUUCCUCCUGAGAUCAGGUUACAUCAACCCAACCUGCAAGCAGAGCUCGGCUAUGAAAUUUUUAAUUUCAUCUCUCAUUUCUCUGAACAAAUAUAUUUCCUCCAAGCGCUCAAGGUGAUUGGUCCAUUUAGAAGGUUGGCAUUUCUGAAAGCAUCCACAAAAUGGAGGAAGCAAAUGCCAUGCCUGACAAGCAAAGUCAGAACUCCAUCGCGGCAUGUGAUGAGCGUUGUCUGAAAGAAGAUGCAACAAUGGGAACUAGAUCAUGCUCUGACCGUCGUCGCUUUCCCUAGAGAUUUUCUCUACAUGUGUGCAUUAGUGCAGGCAGAUAUGUCUUGAUCCAUUUUCUCUGCAUGUAAAUUUGCGAACAGUCCCUUGGCUCUCAGAGGAACGAAGCCCAUGUCUGUGUGCCCGGUAAUCUGACAUGUGAGUGAGAGCGUUUGUGUUAGGGAUGCAAGUGGCAAAUAAAUGGCGUCCGCAAUCCCGUUUAGUUAGUUUUUGCUAGCUUGAUAGUUCAUUUUUCUCAAACAAGCAGAAAACCUUUUUGAACUAUCAUAUCAUAAGUGGACUUUAAACGGGAUUAAACGGGACGUUUACAUCCCUUGUGUGUGUUGGCACAGCCCGUCCGUGUGAGUCUCAUUGUUGGGCAUUGCUGUGGUGUGGCUGAGUCCUGGAUAUA